CCUGUGGGUAUUGAGCUGCCCACGUCAUGGCAGCCAUUGAUCUGGAACGUGGGCUGGAACAUGGUGGCCGGGGCUGGGGGCCAGAGAGGCCGGAGCUGAUGGACAACUUCGAUUCAGAGAUAGAGGAGUGGGAGGACCAGCUGCAGGACAUCCAGAGGAAAAUCGAAGAGUUGUACAAUGAAGUUCAGGCCCGCAGAGGAGCAAACGAUAUCACUACUGACAACCCCAAAAAUGGCGGAGAGUUGGAUUGUGGCCUAGGGCACCAUGGCAACAGCUUCUUUGUGCCCACCCAUCACAGCAAGAAUCCCUCUGGAGAUAUAACUGCACCACAUCACUAUAGUGACGCCUGUAACUACAGCCCCAAUGGGUACAGCUACCCUGUGAGUCUUCAGAACGUCCACAGUUACUGCCACACCAAUAGCGUUUCAGAGAUUGGAGAUUUAUUGCAGGAUUAUUUGGGCCAGGGGAAGCAAGUGAGCCGGAAGAACAAUGGGACUCGUCAUGUUCGAUUCAGUGACACAAUCAAGGUGAGCCCGGACGUCCCUUCACACCUGGAUGAGAUCAGAAGAAGUUCUGGAAAUGAAAGGUUUGGUCAAGAGCAGUUUUUGGGCACUUUUGAAGAGACUCAAAACAGAAAGAACCAAGUUUCAAAAAUGAAGGGUUCUUCACACAGAGAGAGUUCUCCCAACAAAGAAAACACUGGUACCAAGCCUCCUCUUGGACAAAGGGAUGCCCCUGCUAUACAAACACGUACACAGCUCCCGUUCACAGCAGCUGAUGCUCCUGCUCUAGACAGGAAGUCUUUUGCUGUUGGUGUUCUGGGAGAUAGAAAGUGCAGCAGCCCUUCUGUUCUCAGGAAGUUCGGAGCCAUGCUUCAAGAAAAUGAGGGCAAAACACUAACCGAAUCUGGGGUGGUGACCCAUAAGGGUCUGGAGCCAAAGUGCCCCACCCCUGGCUGCCAACGCAGAGCUGUGGGAGCCACUGCAGUCGCCGGCAGGGCGCCCGUGCGCGUGCCUAACCAGAAAUGCACAGCAGAUUCCGACGUGCUGACAGUAGAGGUAGAUCCCUGCCAAGAAUGGGGGUCAGUAUCAGACUGUAGUAGACAGAACCACAAGGAUCACAGAGGAGGCUACAGCGAUUCGAAAGGGUCCCAUACAAGUCCCCAGCAGUCCCACAGGAGGUCACAGGUGGCUGGAAGCCCAAAGAUUCGACCCAAGGCUAAUAGUGGGACAGAAAAAGAUGGAGGACUGGUUCAAGAAGAGCGAUCAAGGCGGCAUGUGCCCCAACAUGGGGGGCUCAAAAUGGACUUCAGGGUCUCAAGUGCGUCUUCAGGCGCUCAGAGGAUCCAAAGAGGAGGGUUAGCAGGACAGGAGGUGCCAGGUUGUGGUCAAGUGAGGGAUGAAGGACUUAUUGAGCUGCUGGACAUGCUGGACAUCACUCAUGAGUACAGCUCCAGUCCCAGAACAGGACACACGGUUUACAAACAGGAUCCACAGCAGGUAAACCCAACCAACUUGUCCGCAGCCAAAACUCACAACAUUUUCUCGCGUCCUGCUCGGCCAGCCAACCAGCGACCUCCUUCCAGAUGGGCGAGCCGAACCCCAACUGCCAGGAUCACCGCCCCAUCAGGUCCAAUGUUCUGUCCCCCAAAUCCCCUUACUCGUCCUCCUAGCCCCAAAACAAGAACCGCAAGUCCAGCUCUGAAGCACCGGCCUCUUAUUUCCUAUUCUCGUCAGACUGAAACAGUCAUUAUGUGAGGCCCUUCCAUGUCAUCAAGUUCUGGGAAACCCUCUCUUUGUGUAAAUAGUAAAGACUUCCUUUGAAUGUUUUAAGAGAUGCCAUGUUAGAUGCCAGUUUCCAGAUAAUACACAUGAAAUCAUUCUCCAGUGUUGCUGUGGCUUCUUUGCUUCUUCUGUGCCAAACAUUUACCAAAACAUCAGUGUUACUUUGCUACAAUUCAGUGAAGUUAUCCAAUUCCCCCCCUAUUUUUUGGAUCAAGGUGUUUUGUGUAUAAUGAGAUUAUGCAUGCAGCCCUAGUUUGAGGGUGCAUGCUCUAUUGAACUCCUAUUGUGGCCAUGUUGAAUCAAAUUCAACCUGGCCCCUAAUAGAGGAAAAUUCAGUGGCAACUGUGCUCCCAGGAGCAACCCGCUAUCUGUCAACAAUAGUGUGUUUCUGUAUGAUAUUGUCAAAGUAAUAUAUUUAAGAUGUUCAAAAACAGCUGUGACAAAUGACUAUAUGCCUUUAAUGUGUUUUUUUCCUUGGUAAUAAAUAUGACAGUCGAUUGA